ACACACGCACACACACACACACACACACACACACACACACGGGAUUUCUGCUCAGCCAUGGCUCCCUGGUAGAUGCUCAAAGCGGCUGUUGUCAGAGCAAAUUAAAUCUGCACCAGCUCGUUGCUUUUCCUCCUCCUGACCUUGCCUGCCUCCGCGUUGAGGGGGGUUUUCAAUAUUUUAUUCGGGAUUCCUGCGCUGUCUGUCUCCCCAUGGCUACAUCGGAUGGACUAGACGGCUGUCUGCACCGAGGCAGAUCUCAAAGUGACCCGAACAUCCUCACCGAACCGGACAUCGACCUGGCACACGGCACAGUAGAGGGGCUGGACCAGCAGAGGGUGCUGAGGACGGGUUGCCUGGUGACCAGCGUCCACACUCCACCCAUCCGGCGAAACAGCAAACUGGCCACGCUGGGGCGCAUCUUCAAGCCCUGGAAGUGGAGAAAAAAGAAAAAUGAGAAGCUCAAGCAGAGUUCCACAGAUGUAGCAUUAUCCAGUGGCCUUCUAUGCCACGACCCCAACUCUCCCACCCAGGGCUGCUGCUCGGACGGUGCAGUCCUGCUCGGAGGAUUCGGGGGGUCUUUGAACUCAACCUUCACAGUCAGCAGCGUGGAAUACCUGGGUCCUGAGGAGGAGCACCCCCCUUCAGUAGCCGCCCCUCUCCAGGACUGUGAACGAGUGGAGGACAAUCUACCGCCGCCCGAGGACGAGGGAGACGAGAGGGUGCACCCUGCUGGGGAUUUACCCGAGGGGCUGCAGGACGUGGGAGACCAUGUGGAAGACAGACCAGAGGAGGAGAUUCCUCCGGGAACCUCCCCACCACAAGUACCUCCAAAACUGUUGCCUCAGCUGAGUACUGGAGAUGAUUCAGGGCCUGUGUCGCUCCCCGCUCAGCUGCCAAACUCCUACCUCCCCAAGGAGCCUCCCCCCAGGGCCACAGAAAGCAUGGCUUCGAUGACCCUGCCUCUACGAGGGUCACUGGCCAAAACCUCAGGGUCACCACAUCUAGGCAAUAUGAUUCAUCCUCCCAUGCCACCUAGCUGCAUUAUGGAGGAACUGCAGAGAGCGUUCGCUUCCAAGAACAGGCAGGAAAUUGUCCAUCAAGGGUGUGAGCAGGCCUCACCCCCGCGGCUGUGGUGUUCUGACGGGCGGCUCUCUCGCUCCUGCAGCUCUGAGAACCAGCACACGCUCUCUUUUGUGGGCGGCUGUGUGGGCGGCAGAGGGUCCGACUGGCCCAGGAAGGAGGCCGAGGAGAACAAGGAGAACAUGCGGCUGGACCAGUGCUUCUCCAACACCUCGGGCCUCCCCAACGACCUGGAGGAAUGGAACGACUCCGUCAUCUCUGGCACACUUCCUCGCAGGCUGAGGAAGGAGCUGCUGGCUGUAAAGCUGCGAAACAGGCCCAGCAAGCAGGAGUUAGAGGACAGGAAUAUCUUUCCCGUGAGGAGCGACCAGGAGCGGCAGGAAAUUCGCCAGCAGAUUGAAAUGAAACUCGCCAAGAGGCUGAGCCAGAGACCGAAUGUGGAGGAGCUGGAGAGUCGGAAUAUCCUCAAACAGAGAAAUGACCAGACAGAGCAGGAGGAGAGGAGGGAGAUCAAACAGCGGCUCAACAGAAAGCUCAACCAGCGGCCCACGGUGGACGAGCUGCGAGACAGAAAGAUUCUGAUCCGCUUCAGCGACUAUGUGGAGGUGGCCAAAGCUCAGGACUACGACAGGAGAGCAGACAAGCCCUGGACCCGGCUCUCGGCAGCAGAUAAGGCGGCAAUCCGAAAGGAGCUGAACGAAUUCAAAAGCACCGAGAUGGAAGUGCACUCCUCGAGCAAACACCUGACGAGGUUCCACCGGCCAUGAAGGUGGGGAGUUUCUUCUGUGAAGAAAUGCUGAGCGUAGAAAUUUUCCUGAGGCUGCUACAAGCUGCUCAGAGGCGGCAGCUCAAAGAGCCUGAAGCUUUUUUCGUCUUCAGCGUGUCUUUAAACAAUCUUCCAGCUCCCUCUGACUAUCAUAUCAUCCGCCUGAGAGCACGGGUGUGGGAGAAAAGAUGACAGUAAUGCUGGCGACGGUGGGUCUUGGAGAUGACCAGACGUCGCCACAUGGAGGCCGACUGGUAGAAGAGGACUUUGUUGGGAGCCUCAGUCUCUCAGAGUGAGAGCGGAGGGAAAAAAAACAAUCUUGUCAUUCAGUCAGUGUUGUUUUUUUUUGUACUAUUACAUGGACUCCUUUGACAAGGCAGCAAGAAUCUGUGUAGUGGGAAGAAGUUGUGCAUGUGACCAGCUUCACCUUUUCUUAACUGAUGAAUAAUGUGUCACUCGGACUGUGUAAAGACUGAGCAGUCUGGGGGAAGGAGGUGUUGGGACUGAAUUUGAUAUUAACUGUACAUACAGUAUGUCAAUAUGAAUGGGGCCGUCAAUGUCUUCACUGAAAAGAGAAAUACCUUUGUAAGCACUACUUGUCUUCAAAAUACAAGGUCUUUUUUAAAGAA